UCAACUUACAGCCGCUCCAGCGAACGGACGCACCGAAAACCGAGCGAUUGAAACUCUGUAAAAACCCGAAAUCGAACCCAUGACUUAUAUAUAGAGCCGUACGAUUUGUUUACGUGUCGUGACGCGCGAGUGCCAUCAGUUGUGUGCGUGUGCCAGACCCAAACAAAAGAUAGAAAAAGUUUCUGAAAAAUCAAAGAAUCACCAUGAUUAGCACCACGGAUUAUCCAUCGGUGGAGACCACCACCUCCGCAGGCGAGGAGCUGUAUGCGGAGUACAUAUCCGCACCGGCCAGCAGCAUGAGUCCCGCUGCGAUUGCCGAACACCUGCAGCAGAAUCAGAUCACCUUCGAGAUACCCAGUGCCCACGAUCUGCGGCACAUCGAUGCCCUCAACUCCUUCAACGCGCUGCUCCAGCGGAUUGGCAAUGCGGCCGUGUCCUACGAUCCCGCUCCGCCCAGCGGUUGGUCCCCCGAUGGCAGCAUCAGCACCGAGCAGCUCUCCAAAUCGGUUGUCCUGGAUCUCGCCGACCUUCGCGACAGAUCGGAGGAGGCGGCGGAGGCCUCCUGGUGGAACCAGAUCUUCGGGGAUGCCGACAUGCACGUGAUCAUCAACUAUCUGUGGAUCGGAGUGGUCAGCUCCUUGGUGGUCCUGUCCCUAGUCUUCAUCCUCUUCAGCUGCUACUUCUACAGAAAGUUCCGCACUUGGAAAAAAUGCAAUAAGGACAUACGUGCCCAGAUCCAUGCGGCCAGCGACUCGUACUCCUCGCACCUGGUGGGCUGCGAUGCCAGCCGACUGCUGCUGCACCAGCAGUUGCAGGGGCAGCAUCCUCACCAUCAUCGGAGCAACGAGGCUGGCUUCUACCAAAUCGAAUCGCCGCCCUGCUACACAAUCGCCACCGGAUUGCCCAGCUACGAUGAGGCACUGCAUCAUCAGCCCCGGCACUUUGCCUACGGCAUGAAGUUCGUCUAUCCCUCGCUGGCUGCCGUGCAUCAUCAUCACCAUUGCGUUUCCAACUGGGAGAAGGACGAGCUGAAUAAGCUGCAAAAGUGCAAGCUGUCAGCGGCAGUGGAGGAGGAGGAUAAAGCCGAAGCCGAAGCCUCAUCCCCAUCCUCCUCGGAAUCGUGCAACUUGGCCGCAGCAACGCCUGCCAUUUGCAUUAACAUGCCAAAUGGGCGGCAGCAGGAUGGGGAGCUGGAGGAGGAGGACAAUGCCGCAGUUGCAGUUGCAGUUCCAAUGGCAGUGGCAGAAAGUUUACAGCCGGCGGCGGCUGCCGACGAUGAUUGCGCCUCAUUGGUCGUUGUUGUUGCCGCGUGAUUGCCCAGCCAGGGGUCAGGGGUUAAUGUGGGGCAGGGGCUGGGGAUCGGGGGUUAAGGGUUAGGGCCGGGGCCGGGAGUAGCAGCCCAAUUGCUUAGUCACUUGUAAAUAGUUGCAUCGUCUGCUAAUGUUGUUUGCCCCCCUGUAAUAACAUAUAUCUCCGAUUGUGUCCCCUUCCCCCCUCACUGUAAAGCAAAUUUAGUUUCGUUUUUAGUUAUCUGUUAUAUUAUUGUAUUAUGCAAGACUGAGUAUUAUUUAUUGUACUAUGUAUAAAACCGAAUUGUCUAUCGAUUAAGCCCUAAUAUCUAAGUGAGAGUGAAGAAAAAAUAUAAAACUCGAAUGAACACACCCAUUGCAAACAAAA